CCAGCAAGAUGGCUGCCAAGAGUUUCGCUUCCCGCCUCGGAGGCUCCCGGCGAUUCCUGCGCGGCUUUGCAGUCGGGGCUGCCGUGGGAGCUGCCGCGGGAGCGGGGCUGACGGCCUGGCAGAUGUCCCGGCGUCCGGGGGCCCAGGCAGCGGCGGCAGCGGCAGCGAGGGAGCCGAGCAGAUCUACAGAAACAGCAGUGUUAGAACACUUUGGAUUCCCUUUAGCUGGGACAGAGACCAGAUGUUACACGAACCACGCGCUGUCCUACGAUCAGACGAAACGAGUCCCUCGCUGGGUCCUCGAACACAUUUCCAAAAGCAAGAUCACGGGGGAUGCAGACAGAAAGCAUUGCAAAUUCCAGCCCGACCCCAGCAUCCCCCCAACCUUCAGGGCCCACAACGAAGACUAUAUUGGAAGCGGCUGGUCUAGGGGCCAUAUGGCUCCUGCGGGAAAUAACAAAUUCUCCAGUAAAGCUAUGGCUGAAACCUUUUACCUUUCUAAUAUUGUGCCUCAGAAUUAUGAAAAUAAUUCUGGCUAUUGGAAUAGAAUAGAAAUGUAUUGCCGCGAACUGACGGAGAGAUUCGAAGAUGUCUGGGUAGUGUCUGGACCUUUGACCUUACCUGAGACUAGAAGCGAUGGCAAGAAGACCGUCAGUUACCAAGUGAUCGGGUCGGAUAACGUGGCGGUACCCUCGCAUCUUUACAAGGUGAUCCUGGCUCGGAGGAGUCGGGAAUCACCCGAACCCUUAGCCCUGGGCGCCUUCGUGGUGCCCAACGAAGCCAUCGGCUUCCAGCCCGCACUGACCGAGUUCCAGGUGAGCCUGCCGGAGCUCGAGGCUCUGUCCGGCCUGCGCUUCUUCCCGGGCCUCGACCGACAGCGGGAAAUCCACGACCUCUGCUCGGUGGACAGCUGCAAGCUGCUGGAUUUCCAGGCCUUCACGCUGUACCUCAGCACCAGGAAGGUGGACGCGGCCCGCUCCGUGCUCCGUCUGGAGAAGAUUCUGGAAACUCUGAAGGAUGCAGGCGUCGAACCCGAUGAAUACUUCAUGAGUCGCUAUGUGCAGAAGCUUAAAGAACUGAUCGCGAAGGAGCAGUCGGAGGAGGCCCGGAUAAGGAAAUCAUCCUAGACGGGGUUUGGGGGUUUUG